CCACUCGCGUCAUGAGUGAUUUUUAAAAAGUCAAAUUAAUCAAUUCAAGUAAAUAGUGAAUUGUAAACAAACAAUACCAUGUAACGUGAAUAUUUUUGAAAAAAAUUAAAAUUAAGAAAUAAAAUUAAUUAUCCUUAAAAAAAAAAUAAUAAUAAUAAUUUAAAAUGGAUGGUCGACUAUCAUUAGGAAUAAAUGUUAGUAUCAUUACUAUUUUAAUAAUAUUUGCUGUAAUACUUGUUCUUCCUUUACGAAUGCUACUUGACACAAAUUACGAGGAUACACAUGCCAAUACUUUGAAUAAUAAUACUGACAAUGAUAGUAAUGGCAUUAAUGAUACAAAUGAAUACCUGAAACCAGAAGAAAAAAUAAUUGACUACGCAAAACUUAAAUUGUGUCCUUAUAAUUAUGAAUUUAUCGUUGAUUCUAUUUUUACUAACAAUUAUGAUCAAAAUUGUACGUACAAAAAUGUGGAACCUGUAAGGAAUAAAGCGACUAAAAUAAAUAAGACUGAAAAAGAAAAUACGUCAAGCGCAACAAAUUUAUCUAGCCCAAGUUUUCGAAUUAUACGUCCCAAAUCAGUACCUGUCACAGAUUAUAUUCUUAUGAUAAUGCUUGUCUUUUCUAUCAUUGGUGCCUUUGCAGAAUAUUUAUGCAUACGUUUCAUGAAUACUCAGAAUCCACCAUCAAGUAUUGAAAGUACAUGGAUACCUAGGAGACAGUCAAUUGUAGAUUUGAUGUUACCUAGAAAACAUGUUAGCCGUGAGCAAUUUUUGAAAACACAAAUGUCAUUGGAUGUACCAAUGGGAUUACAGCGUUCAACAGUACGAGUUUCCGGGACGAGUACACCGCCGUUGAUUCGACGCUCAUCAUUUCCAGUAGCUUUUGUUACUAAAGACUAUGGAUUGUGUGACUCCGCAACACCGCCGAGGUCACCUAGACGCCCAUCAACAUCCAACAACAUUUAUGACAAUGAAUUUCUUAUUGGUUACCAUCGAUCGCGACUCAUCAGGCGUCACUGAUCAUCCUCUUAAGAAUAAUAAUUAAUAUCAAUUCUGCUCACUAAAAUUUUUAGAACCACAAAACCCGUUUUCCAAUGUGAUUUCUUCUAUGUGAUAUUCAAAUUCAAGAGCUUAUAUAUCAAACCAUGUCUUCGAAUUUAAUGUUCAAAUUUUCUAUACAGUCUACUGCACACUAAUAACAUUUUGCAACGAGCUUCUUAUUGAAGAU